AUGGAUUUUGCAGGACCACAUGGUCUAAAUAUUAGCUUAGCAAUGAAAAAUAUUAGUUCAUUGUCCAAUGCGCUUACUAAAAAAUCUUUGGAGCCACUGGAGAUUGAAAAACAACGCGAUGAAGUGGCUGAUGAUGAAGAAACUGAGGAGAAUGAAGAAGCUGAAGAGAGUAAAGUCGAAUCUGAAGCAGAUUACAAAACAGAAGCUGCCAAUGAUGACAUGACCAGUACUGGAACAGAGUUUACAACAAUGAGUUCAGAAGUAACGACAGUUGAAAUUCAUGACAAAGAUUCUAAUACGACCGAAUUAGUUAACUCUAUAAAUGAUACAAAAGAAGUUGAAAUAGCAAGGUUUUCUGAUGAAAAACGGAACAAUUCUGAACUAGAACACUGCGUUCCAAAAAAGGUGUGUUCACUCGACAAGGAUUGUGGAUCAGGUAAAUGUUUCGCAGUUGGUAAAUGUGACUGCUCAGCAUGUAUGUCUUUAGCGAGAUGUCAAAACGAUUCAGACUGUGGAGGUCUUUAUGAGUCUUGCGAUACUAAAACAAACAUAUGCAAUUGCGAAAAAGGCCUUCGAAUCCAUGGUUUAUCGUUGUUCGAUGCGCUUUUUAAAUUUUGUAAUAUUCUGGUUUGUAAUGGCAAAGGUGAUGCGUGUCUUGGACUUCCAUGCAGAACUGGUACUUGCAUAUGUUGA